AUUUUUUUAAAAAAUUAAAUUUGAAUACCAAAAAAAUAUAAGAGAUAACAUUUACAGCAAUCUGUCGCUCUCACACGUGGGAAAUAUUAGGACCGUUUAAAACUUAAAAUAACCUUUAAAAGUGGCAACCCGUCUCCACCUCACUCGUGGCGUAAAUUUCCACGUCAUCCUCUUGGAAAUGUAAAAUUUUAUAUAUUUAAAAAGAAAGCAUAUUCAAAAUUUAAACGGUCGGAUUUUUUGACAUACACGUAAUCACAGCCGUUUGAUCCUCAAUCAUGUUCGACGUUUAAAGCUUGCUUUUCUUUACAUCUCUUAGCUGUCCAGCUAAAACAGUAAAAUAAUGGCAAUAUGUUUUUUUUUUAACAGAGAAUCUAAAGGGACAGGGGAAGAGAGAGACUGACAUUUUCUUCCAUUUGGAGAGAGAAAUAGAGAGAGUUUGAAGAUUUUUCAAAUACAAAUUUGAUUGUCUCCUUCCCUGCUUGCUCUUUCUGAAUCAGUUAUUUUUCUAUUAGGAGUUCAAAUAAGUCAAAGUGGCAAGUGGGGUUUUCAUAUCUACUACCACUCUCGUGUCCUUUUUUUGUAAUAAGAAACUAUUUUAGCUUCUGGGUACUCUCUGAUUCUGAGAAAUUCGCUUGAUGAAAGUGAGUGACGAUGGUUUUGUGAAGGUCCACAUCUGUAUUUUCAUGGCUGGUUUUGGAAUCAUUGUGGAGAUAUGAAAGUGGGUUUUGGAGUUAAGAGAGAGAGGAGAGAUUUUUUUUAAGGGGUAUUUUCCUUUUAAUAUUUUGCAUAGUUGAUACUUAAAGUGAGAGAAAGUGAGUGGAAGAGAGGUUUGAAGAUGAAGCUAUAGUAAAUUCUUGGGAUUGCUUUCUUAAAAGAGAAAAAGACAAGUUUCUGGUUUCUGAGUCUUAAAGAACUGUUGGGGUACAUCAGGAGUAGGAGAGGAAAGAGAAUUUUGUUUGACAAGUCUAUAUCUGAUGAUUAUUAAGGAUAGAACCCUUUGAAAGAUCUUCAAUCUCAAAUCAAUUUGAGGUAAUUUUCUACAUUGUUUUGUGUUUUCUUAAGAAAUUUAUAGUGGGGUUGGUCCAUCUUGGAAAAUUUUGAGUACACUCUUUAUAUACAACUGUAGAUAGAGACUCCUGUCUUCUCUUCAAAGAAAAGUCUCUCUCCCCUCUUACUCUACCAGAUAGCUUAGGUCUUUGGGGGUUAUAUAAGGCAAUAAGGCAAAUAAUUCUCCUUUCCCAUCCUUUUCAAGAAAUCUUGACCAUAGGAUACAUACAAAAUGCCGAUCAAGAUCGAGUCAGCAAUCCUCCCAUUUUCUAUAUUCAACAGCUCCAUCUUUGAAAAGUAAAGAUCGUAGCUUUAAUUUCUGUUUACCAAUUUACCCCAAUGAAGUAACUAGAAACGGCUCCUAUGUUCAAGGGCAUAUUUGGUAUAGCGUAUGCACGUGCCGACGGCUUCUUAAUUGUGGCAGCACUUAUUUUUUAGCCGUUAAAAUUUUUCAGUUUACCAAAUUUAAUCAAAGCCAAGAUCGAAAUCAUGGUUGAAGAAAGUGGAAAUGAAGAAGUUUUGGUUGAUGAUAACGUGUCAGCUGAAGACUGGCUGUCACACGCACAAGAGCUUAUCCCUGUUGCAAUGGCUAAAGCAAGAGAGGUUAAAGGAUUCCCAGGUAGAUGGAAGAUGAUCAUAUCAAAGCUUGAGCAGGUUCCUUCACGUUUAUCAGACUUAUCAAGCCAUCCUUGCUUCUCGAAGAACACUCUUUGCAAGGAGCAAUUACAAGCGGUGUCAAGGACAUUGAAAGACAUAAUUGAGUGUGCAGAGCUCUGUAUAUUGGAGAAAUAUGAAGGCAAGCUUCGGAUGCAGAGUGAUCUUGAUGCACUUUCUGGGAAGCUUGAUUUGAAUUUGCGAGAUUGUGGGCUUUUAAUCAAGACCGGGGUGCUUGGUGAGGCUACUCUGCCCUUAUCUGUUGCGUGUUCUUCAACUGACACGGAUGUUGCUGCUUAUGGCAACAUAAGGGAACUCUUUGCUCGUCUUCAGAUCGGGCACUUGGAGGCAAAACACAGAGCUCUUGACUGUCUUGUUGAGGUCAUGAAAGAGGAUGAAAAGAAUGUCUUGACUGUUUUAGGUCGUAGCAAUAUUUGUGCUUUAGUUCAAUUGCUUACAGCAACUUCUCCUCGUAUACGGGAGAAGACCGUGACUGUGAUCUGCUCCCUUGCUGAGUCCGGAGGCUGUGAAAAUUGGCUUGUUUCUGAAGGUGUGCUGCCUGCUCUCAUAAGGCUUGUGGAGUCUGGUAGCAGUGUUGGUAAAGAGAAGGCUACAAUUUCGCUUCAGAGAUUGUCAAUGUUGGCUGAAACUGCUCGUGAAAUCGUUGGCCAUGGUGGGGUUCGUCCGCUGAUUGAGAUAUGUCGAACCGGGGACUCAGUUUCACAGGCUGCGGCUGCCUGCACGUUGAAGAAUAUAUCAGCUGUGCCCGAGGUUAGACAAGCUCUAGCUGAUGAAGGGAUUAUAAGGGUCAUGAUCAAUCUCUUGGAUUGUGGAAUUCUGUUAGGAUCAAAAGAGUAUGCAGCUGAGUGCUUGCAGAAUCUCACUGCAAGCAAUGAGAACCUAAGGAGGUCUGUUGUCUCAGAAGGUGGAAUUCGAAGCUUGUUGGCAUACCUUGAUGGCCCUUUACCACAAGAAUCAGCUGUUGGGGCAUUAAGAAAUUUAGUUGGCUCGGUUUCAAUGGAUGUGUUGGUUUCCCUUGGCUUCUUACCGCGUCUGGUUCAUGUUCUGAGGUCUGGAUCACUUGGUGCACAGCAGGCUGCUGCCUCUGCAAUCUGCCGGGUAUGCAGCUCAGCCUCAGCUGAGACAAAGAAGAUGGUAGGGGAGGCCGGUUGCAUUCCCCUUCUUGUCAAGAUGCUGGAGGCCAAAUCCAACAGUGCCCGUGAGGUUGCAGCACAGGCGAUUUCCAGCUUGGUGACACUUUCACAGAAUCGCAGAGAAGUAAAGAAAGAUGACAAGAGUGUGCCUAAUCUGGUUCAGUUGCUUGAACCAAGUCUUCAAAACACAGCAAAGAAAUAUGCAGUAUUUUGCUUAGGAUCUCUUUCUUCAAGCAAGAAAUGCAAGAAGCUGAUGAUUUCUUAUGGGGCCAUUGGGUAUUUGAAGAAGCUUAGUGAGAUGGAAAUUCCUGGGGCCAAGAAGCUGCUUGAACGUUUGGAAAGAGGGAGGUUGAGAAGUUUGUUCAUGAGAAAAUAGGAAAAAAAAAAGUUGCAAAUAAAAUAUAUUGAGUCUUGUAUAAUGAGAAAAAGGUCUUAAUUUUCAGCAUGUUAGCUGUUUCAUUGUCUAUAUGAAACAAAGUAGUUAAUCCAUGAAAUGGGACACUUAUCAAUCUCAAAUGUUCUCCUAGUUAUUUAUGAAAUGUAUAAUCUCAAAUCACUAUGUUUCUCUUUUGAUUCCUAUUUCUACGGAAUGUAUAAUAUACCUUCAUUUUCUUGGUA